AUGGGCGCUGAGGAUAAGACGACAAAGACCCAGCCCGAAAUGGGCCACCAGCAAGGGCAGGACAGCCCUGCGUCCAUUCGUGGCAUCGACGGCAACGAGAUCAGCAACAUCAACGAUGCCAAUGAUGAUAUCAUGGCCUCCAAGGAGCAACACUCAGACGAGCCCGUCCAAAACAUCUUCAACCAAGGCGGCAAGAACUACAGAACCCUCAGCAAGUGGGAUACAGUCUUUGUCCUCAUCACCAACCAGGUCGGCCUUGGUGUCCUGUCCCUCCCCGGUUGUCUUCAAGUCCUCGGUGUCGUCCCCGGCGUCAUUGCCGUCAUUGGUCUCGGCUGUCUCUCUGCCUAUACUGCCUACGAACUCCUCCAAUUCUACAGAAAAUACCCUCACGUGGUUAAUGUCGUUGACAUGUGUGGCAUCAUUGGCGGCAGACCUCUGGAGAUCGUGGCUGGAAUUGGGUUGAUGAUCAAGGUUAUGAUGACUUGCGCUUCUGCCAGCGUAACCUUGUCUGUCGCAUUCAACACCCUUAGUAACCAUUCCAUGUGUACUGUCAGCUUCGUCAUCAUCGCCGUCGUCGCCUGCUGGGUGUUGUGUCUUCCCCGAACCGUCAAAUUCGUCUCGCAAUCCGGAAUUCCAUCCACCAUCAGUAUUCUAGCCGCGGCGCUUGUCGUUAUGAUCAGCUUGGGCUUUUCCUCACCUUCGCAGGCUCCUCCUGGUUGGGAAAGAGAGAUCAAGGUCGUCGGUAAUCCAACUUUCCGUCAAGGUCUCAACGCCUGUCUCAAGAUCUGCUAUGCGUAUGCAGGAAACAUAAGCUUCGUUUCAUAUAUGGCCGAGAUGAAGAACCCCAGCCGAGACUUCCCCAUGGCUUUGGCCUGCCUUGAAUGCUUCUCCAUUACCCUUUACACUAUCGUCGCUGUGGCCAUCUAUUGUCUUGCCGGCGACUAUACUACCUCACCUGCUUUGGGAUCCGCGCCCAGGACCGCUGCGAAGGUCGCUUACGGACUCGUUUUGCCAUGUGUUUUCGCCACAGCCAUGGCUUUCGGUCACACUGGUAUCAAGUACAUGUACGUUGUUGCCAUGCGUGGCCUCAAGGCUACCCACCAAGUCACCGACCGAAGUGUCAAGUCGUGGAGCGUCUGGGUUAUCUGCGUGACCUUGUACUGGAUCAUUGUCUUUAUUAUCUCCAACGCUAUCCCCAUCUUCGAUUCCAUCCUCUCCAUCUCUUCAGCGACGACGAUUGCCUGGUUCACCUUCGGUCUCAGUGCCAUCUUUUGGUUCCACAUCAACAAGGGCCAAUACACGAAGAACUGGAAGAAGAUGGCUCUAUGUGUCAUCAAUGGACUUCUUAUUGUCCAGUCGUUGUUCAUGAACGGUGGUGGCCUAUGGUCAUCAAUUACCGAAUUACUCAACAUCUUUGAGAACGACUCCAGCAAGAUCCGCGGUACUUUCUCAUGCGGUGACAACUCUAUUUAG